CGAGCGGCCUGUCACGCGGCUGCUUCCGCGAACGCGUUUCUACGCGGUGUGCCUUCAAACGAUGAAUGAAAAUGUGUCGUCACCGGUCAUUUCUCUCGUUCUAUUAACGCCACGAAGCUUUAACUGUCGCACGGUCGACUGCCAGCGCGAAGAAGUUAAUAGUUUUCGAGAUCGAACAGGUUUGCAGGAGGAUAGAACCGUCGGACUGGGCCUUGAAAGAUCAGGGUCUCUUCGAAGGGUGGCCCAGGAAGGUACUGCGCUGAAUCAAGUGGGAUUAGGCUAAUACCUCGAUAGCUUUCGUUUAAUCUGAUUGACCAAUCCUCGAGCAAUACAAAUCUCACGGCAAAGACAAGCAUUCGAUGCCCGGCGUCUUCCACAUCAAACAGUCCAACAAUGGCGAUAGAAAGAAUGGUUGCAAAUGGCUCAAGGAUUCCGCAUCGAAAUCGCAUCAGAGCAGGCUUUCAAAGUUUGGACCCUGUGGGUCCAAAGUCCUCAGCGUAUCCCGAAUAAAGACACAAUAAAGCUCGAGAGAAAUGGUCAUCAGAGGACCAUGACAGAGUAAAGCCGGGGAUUCGAUACCUCCACCAUGUUGAACGUAAUGGCAGCGGUGACGACAAGCCUCCCCAGCCGAGUGGAUCCGACUCCGACAUCUUCCAGCAACACCAGCACCUCGUCCAGCACAGCUGCCAACAACGUGACCUCUGUCCCGGUCGAGAACCCGACCGUCGAGAACCUGCCGGAGAACGUGAACGUGUUCGUGGUGGUGAUCAAGGGCAUCAUCAUGGGCAGCAUCAUCACGACGGCGGUGCUCGGCAACGCCCUGGUGAUCGCCAGCGUACGUCGGCACAGAAGACUUCGUGUGGUGACGAAUUGUUACGUGGUUAGCCUGGCGGCGGCCGAUCUUUUGGUGGCUAUGUGCGCGAUGACGUUUAACGCGUCCGCCGAGUUGUCCGGUGGCAAAUGGUUGUUCGGUCGGUUCAUGUGCGAUGUUUGGAACUCGUUGGACGUUUACUUCUCCACGGCAUCCAUACUACAUCUGUGUUGCAUUAGCGUGGACAGGUACUACGCCAUUGUCAGCCCUUUGGAGUACACUGUCAUCAUGAGGCAGGGCACGGUGGGAUGCAUGCUGGGCAGCGCGUGGAUUCUGCCGGCUCUCAUCAGCUUCAUACCGAUCUUCAUGGGAUGGUACACCACGCAGGAUCAUUUGGACUACAUGGUGAAGCAUCCGGAGGUGUGUUCCUUUGUGGUAAAUCGACCUUACGCUGUGAUCAGCUCGUGUGUUUCCUUUUGGAUCCCCGGCUUGGUGAUGAUAGUGAUGUACUGUAAGAUCUACAAGGAAGCGGUCAGGCAGAGGAAGGCACUUAGCAGGACAUCCAGUAACAUCGUCCUGAAUAGCGUGCACCAUCACAGAUCUUCGACCAGGCAACAUCACCAUCAACAAAUGCUGCUUCAAGCUGCGGCUGAAACCGGUGAGUUUGCACUAAACAUGUACGAUUUAAACGCGGAGUUACUGGUUUGUCUCUGAAGAGACAACUCUGUUGACAUUUUUUGUCAAUCAUGAU